ACUGGGCCUAAUGGAUUCUGCUGUUCAGCUUCGCCAGCGGCAGUAUGGCUCAGCUCUGCCCAUCGCAGAGCAUCAAAGUCUCAUUAUGUCUGCCCCAUCAACACCAAAGAUUGUGCUGAAAAGCACAACCAAGAUGUCACUGAACGAGCGGUGAGGCAGCCGACAACAUUUCAAGUGCCAAUCGUGUAGCUGAUUAGCAAUUACAGGAUAUAUAAGUGCACAGUGAUUUCCAGGGAUUCACCAUAGGAGAAUGUUGCUCUUCCCUUGUAUAAUACUGCUCCAGUAAUUGAUGGCACUUAAAUAAAGCAGUUAUCAGAUGCAAAAAAAAAACGUUUUGUGAAGGACGGUGACCUAGGUGGUAGAAUGAUGCGGGGCUGUUGCACUGAACCUUUACCAACAUGCUGAAGAACAAACAGCCUCCAACGGUGAGCAUUCGAGCAACGAUGCAGCAGCAGCAACUGGCAAGUGCCAGAAAUCGCCGAUUGGCGCAGCAGAUGGAGAACAGGCCCUCUGUCCAAGCUGCUCUCAAACUGAAGCAGAAGAGUCUGAAACAGCGUCUAGGUAAGAGCAACAUCCAAGCACGACUGGGACGACCGGUGGGAACUUUGGCACGAGGUCCAAUUGUUGGGCGGGGAUCGCCAAGAGGAGGUGUGCGCCUUGGUCGUGGCGGAAGAGGAGGUGCGAGAGGAGGGCUUCCUCUCCGAGGUCAGAGUCCAAACCGAGGACGUGGUGGAGUUCCACGAUUGGGACUGAAACGAGGUGGAAUGAGAGGCCGAGGAGGCCUGAGCCGAGGGGGCCCACCUGGGCGAGGAGGGAUCAGUGGCAGAGGUCGUGGAGGAAUAGUGGGUCGUGGUAGAGGUGGUUUCCCAAGUCGAGGCAGGGGUCGGGGGCGAGGAAGAGGAGCAACCCGUCCCCCACUGACCCGAGAGCAGCUGGACAAUCAACUGGAUGCGUACAUGUCGAAAACGAAGGGUCACCUUGAUGCUGAGCUUGAUGCUUACAUGGCACAAGCAGAUGGCGAAGCAAAUGAUUAGCACCAUUUGUAUGGGAGAUGCUAGUUUUACUGAUAGUAUCCGAACUUGAAUCGCAAAUCUAGCGAAACUAUACAGGAAACGAAAGAAGACUUUUCGGGAAACAUAUAAGCUGUAUUUGAACUGACAAAUGGUCGGAUGUCAAAGGUUUUGCUUUUUAAUUCCUUUCCUUUGACGUUUUUACAUUUUGAGAAGUUCAUGGUUCUGUUUGGAAACCCCUCUGUUCUUUUCAAUUGUGUAAUCAUCAUGCCACUGUAUAAAGUUUAUUCUCUUUCCUUAGAGACUGAGGAUAUUGUAGUUUCAAAGGUUGUUUUUACUGUGUUAAAACCUUCCCGUCCCUUGUUUUUAGAGUGGAGACUGCAUUAACGUUCUGCCACUUUGUGGCAGAAUCUGUUUAUCAUAAAAUUUUAGAGUUCUAAAGAUCUGCUGUUGUUUUUUCUGCUGCAGUCUUAAUGUGUUUGUUUUUCUUUCACCUCACCCCUGUCUUUGGGCAGUAGGUUGUGGUAAUUUAAGCAGACGGACGGAUAACCUUCUCAAUCUUGUUAGGCUCCUCGGUCUAGUUUUCAGGAAUGAAAAUGGAGUGUCCAUCUGGUGUGCCUGAGGUGUACUGUGAUGACAUUGUGCAGUUUUUGCUAAACAUUCUCCAUUAGAUGUCACUGGUGUCCUACUGAAGCCAAGUAUUCCAUUGAUCAUAUCUCACCCCACCCGUGACACCGAAUUCCCAGCUUCACCUACCGGCACAGCAUUCCAGAAAUGCCCAUCUUCCUGUCCCCACCUACAUCAUUCUGAGAAAACCCAGUUUCGCAUCCAGAUACAGCUUUCCAGGACUGCCCAGCCCUACUCCACAGCCCCACCUCUCCGACACAGCAUUCUGGGCUUGUCCCAGAUCCCAUCUCUGGGGUGUUUUGUGUGUGUGUGUCCCACUUGGGUGCUGCUUAUUCACCUUUAUUCAUCACUGCAUCCUUCAACUACAGGUAACUCUUAGGAGGAAAGCUGGACAACUGGCUGCAUUUUGUUCACUGAUGUACAGUCCUUGCAUCAAUUGUGUUGAAGGAAUAUAAGCAGCGAAUUGCAGGAGUUCUGUCCAGUUGGCAAGAUAGGAGUGGUUUAAGAAUUUUAAAAGGGGAGGAUGGGAGAGGCAUUGGAGGAAGAUGAUGUGGGUGUCAAAUUCUGCAGACGGGUCAAAAGGGUGAGGAGGGAAAGUUACCUUUGUCACAGUCACAUGAUGUCAUUUGUUCAAAUAAUGCAGGUAAGGAACAGGUUUGUAUUUGCUUGAUGCAUAAAUGCAGGCAUGGAUUGAAGCUAAUUUAAGGUGUUUUGAGGAUUGAACCCUCUAAUUGAACACCAGGUCAAAAUUUUAGGCCAAUUUGGGCAAAUCGCAUUGGAUGUACAUACAUCGUACCCUUUGAGAAAGUUUCAUAAGGGCACAUUUUGGUGCACCACCUGGUACCAUAAGCCCAUGCCUCCCAAGUUCCCUGGUUUCUGCGGUGUGUGAAAGUCAGUUACUUUUGUGGAUCAAUGUAUUGCUCAUUAUUAAGCUGCUAUCUUGUAAACCUAGAGGCACUGAGGCUGAUUAUAUUGCCUUCAUUUCUGCCAAAUUGAAAUUUGCUAACUUGGCACAGCAGGCAAUGAGUCCUUAUUUGAUCUGCCAGUUGUUACUGAGAUCAAGUUGUUCCAAAUAUAGGUGGUAGCAGCAGAAGUAAGAAGAUAGAUAGUCGUUUGGUAGUAGAGAACUUCAGUCUUGUUGAAAAAAGAUUUUUUUUGUUGCAGCUUUUUGUCGAAAAGGGACUUGCGCAGCACAGGACAUCUUCCGGCAUCGCAGCUUGAAUCUAUUCUCUUAGGUUUGUUACUACGUAAAUAGUUUGGUGUUUUCUCUUGCUGCAUUAGUGAAGGGACCAGCUCCUGUGAGUGUCGCCUUGGAGUUACUGAACAGACCUAUUUCUGCAUAUUCUGAUGAAAGGUUGCUGACCUGAAAUGUUCAGUUUCUUGCCCCACAGAUGCUGCCAGACCUGGGUGUUUCCAGCAUUUUCUGUUUUUAUUUUAGAUUUCUGGCAGUGGCAGUAAUUUACUUUUCAAUUUGUUCAUGUUGUUUGUUCUUUAGCUACAUGGAAAGGAGAGAAUAAUCAUGGGACUGGCAAGCAGCUGUGUGGUGGUUAGAUAUUUAACUGUGGAGGGUUUAACACCUAAGUUACCUGAUGUCUGCAUGUGCCUUUUCUGCUACAGCUGUGGGAUGGUCAGAAGCAGGAGCUCUGCCUCAGGUUAAUUGGAGCCAGUUAGAGUCUGUACCUAUAUCCUGUGGACUAAAUUUUCAUUCAACAGUUAAUUGCAUUUGUAAAAUAUUUGUUACAAUGUGAAAGGAAUAUACUUUUAACCCAUUUAUUAUCAUGUGAUGUAAAGGGUAUCCAUGCCCUUUGUAAAUAAAUACUGUAAUACA